AUGAACACAGGCACCUCAGAAAAGCAUACAGCAUACACAAAGAACAUAUCCUCAAAUCCCAAGACCACAUCAAUUCCAACAGGCUCUACCAAAAAAACAAAAAAUAUCACAGUGACCACUGAGACCAUAAAAACUUCCGUGAAGUCCAUGAAAACCCCAGCAAGAUACACAGGAACCACACAGACUGUAAGACCUGCAGUCAAGGUCACAGGAGACAAGCCUGUCCAUGCUACCUCUCCUAAUCCAAACAAAACUAAGAUUACCCAUCAGGUGCUCACUGGUUCUUUCACAUUCACCACAUCCACCACAGACAGCAUGAGCCAUUCAUAUAAGAACAAAGGUGGCAUACAGGGCGGUCUCCAUGCUGGAGUGAUAGGGGCGAAUAAUUCAUUCCCCGCGUGGGACAUAGUUAUUGUGGUCCUGUUGGCUGUGAUUCUCCUUCUGGUGUUCCUCGGUGUGAUCUUCUUGGUCUCAUAUAUGACACGGAGGCGCCAGGCACAGAUCCAGACCCCUCAUGACAAUGACUCUGAGGAUGAACAUGGCCCCAAUUCCUACCCAGUCUACCUGAUAGAGAAGCAGACUCUUGGAAUGGGCCAGAUCCCUACCCCACAAUGA